AUGCAGACUCUCAAGACCAAGAUUUGUCCUGUGAAGACGACGAAUCCGCUCUGGAAUGAAGAUCUUGUCUUCGUGGUCGCUGAGCCGUUCGAGGAGCAGCUGGUGAUCUCUGUGGAAGACCGCGUUCACGCGUCGAAAGAUGAAGUCAUUGGUAAGAUCAGCUUGCCGAUGAACGUGUUCGAGAAGCGGUUAGACCACCGUCCUGUUCAUUCUCGUUGGUUCAAUCUCGACAAGUACGGUGUUGUAGAGGGAGAUCCGAGGAGGAGAGAGCAUAAGUUCUCUAGCCGGAUUCACCUGAGGGUCUGCCUCGAAGGAGGCUACCAUGUGAUGGACGAGUCAACGAUGUAUAUUAGCGACACGAGACCAACGGCUAGGCAGCUCUGGAAGCAGCCGGUGGGAAUGUUGGAGAUUGGGAUCCUUGGAGCUAAAGGAUUAGUGCCGAUGAAGUUGAAAGAGGGUAGAGGAAGCACCGACGCGUAUUGUGUAGCUAAGUAUGGUCAAAAAUGGGUGAGAACUAGAACCAUUCUUGAUUCGUUGAGUCCAAGAUGGAACGAGCAGUACACGUGGGAGGUCUAUGAUCCUUGCACUGUUGUCACUCUCGGUGUUUUCGACAACUGUCAUUUGGGUUCAGGUUCCUUUAAAGAUGCAAGAAUAGGUAAGGUGAGAAUCAGGCUGUCUACACUAGAGGCUCACAAGAUCUACACACAUUCGUUUCCUCUUCUUGUUCUUCAACCGCACGGUCUCAAGAAAACUGGUGACCUCCAGAUAUCAAUACGUUUCACAACUCUUUCUUUGGCCAACAUCAUCUACAAUUACGGCCACCCGCUUCUCCCCAAGAUGCACUAUCUUUUCCCUUUCACGGUUAACCAAGUAGACGGGUUAAGGUACCAAGCGAUGAACAUCGUUGCAACCCGCCUCGGACGAGCCGAGCCGCCGCUGAGGAAAGAGGUUGUUGAGUACAUGUUGGAUGUAGAUUCCCACCUAUGGAGCAUGAGAAGAAGCAAAGCCAACUUUUUCCGCAUAAUGUCGCUUCUCUCCGGCUAUUUCUUGGUCGGGAAGUGGCUUGAGGAUAUCUGCAACUGGAGAUACCCGGUUACUUCUGUUCUGGUCCAUGUCCUGUUCUUCAUUUUGGUCAUGUACCCUGAGCUUAUCAUGCCCACGAUGUUUCUGUACAUGUUCUUUAUCGGAUUGUGGAACUUCAAGUCAAGGCCGAGACACCCUCCUCACAUGGAUAUGAAGCUCUCUUGGGCCGAGGCUGUUAAUCCUGAUGAGCUUGAUGAAGAGUUUGACACGUUUCCAACGUCUAGGUCACAGGACAUGGUCAGGCUGAGGUAUGACCGGCUCAGAAGUGUUGCGGGUAGGAUUCAGACCGUGGUUGGAGAUAUAGCAGCUCAGGGGGAGAGAGUUCAGUCGCUUCUGAGCUGGAGAGACCCUAGGGCUACGAGCCUGUUCAUCUUGUUCUGCUUGGCUGCAUCCGUGGUCCUUUACGCAAUGCCGUUCAAAGCAAUAACGCUGGCUGGUGGGCUUUACUAUCUGAGACACCCAAAGUUUAGAAGCAAGUUGCCUUCUUUGCCAAGUAACUUCUUCAAGAGAUUGCCAUCUCGUAUAGACAGUCUUCUUUAACCUAAACACUUUUCUUAAGCAAUAUUUACAAUAAUUCCAAUAUGUUUUUUUUUCAACUUUUUCUUCCAAGUUUCAGUUCUCUAAGUUGGCAAUAAUCAUUAUGAAUCUUUUUUAAACAAUAUUGUCAGUUUUAAUGAUGUAACUAAUAAUAACUAAUGAUACAUUAUAAAUGUUUACUAAUGUUUUCUUCGAGUAA